AUGGAGGUACAUUCACGAGCUCACAACUUGAGUGCAGAAUACUACGGAAACUGGAAAUCUUUUCUUGUUGUCCUAUCUCUUAUCGUAGGUGGGUUAUCGGCAGUAUAUAAAGGUCUCGGCGUGAAAGUGCCGCUACCAGACGAUCCCAAAUCAACAAUGAUUGCCAUUGGGAUCAUCGCCAUCGGCGUGGGCGCCUUUGUCAUCCGACGAUGCCACAGUGCGGCGUCUAAUUUACGCGAGAGACACUUCAGAGCCGAGAAAAAAUGCCAGAAUAUUGCAAACAGAGCUAGGUCUGUUUUGAAGGAAGCGCACGAAAACAAAAAAUCGACGAGUUACAUAAAGGAUCGAUAUGAAUCACUGCUUAAGGAUUCGGAAGACUCCAGCGAGAUAGAAAUAGAACCCUGGGCUAUUAAAAAAGCUUCGAAGCAAUGA